UGCCUGCGCAGCCCAGCCAGUGUCUGCGGGCCGGCCUGGCCGCCCCGCUCCCGGUGUGUGGCAAGUGUAUCGCGAUAUAUGCUGGAGGCACGCAGAACAUGUUCGGUGCGCUGGACGUUUACAUCACUCGAUCAUCAGUCAGGCGUUUCAGUCCUUCACUUUACUACUUGUUGGAGCUGUAUUAACUAAUUAAUUUAGAAACAAAGACAAAAUGAGCAGUCAAAGAGGUAAUGUUAAGAAGAGCAAGCCUCCUAAACAUGUGAAUAAAACAGGUUUUAAGAACUCAAUGCACGACACCAGCAAAAAAACAAAAGAAAUCAAUCAACUGAUUAUUUCUGGUGUGUGUCUUCGAUGUAAAGAGAUUCUUGAAUGGAAAAUUAAGUACAAGAAAUACAAGCCUUUGACUCAACCAAAGAAAUGCACCAAAUGUCAACAGAAGAGAGUGAAGGAUGCUUAUCACAUCAUCUGUGCAGUUUGCAGAGAAGCCGAAAAUGUAUGCGGCAAAUGUGGAAUGCAAGUAGAUCAGGAAGAGGGUGAUAGCAAUCAUCUUGAUAACAAGGAAGAAGCAAGAGAAGAGCUAGCCUGUCUAUCUGAGAGAGAAAUGAGAGCUUACCUUAGAGCACAGGAGAAGACUUCAGGAUCUCAACAACAUUCUAGAAUACCAAGGCAUCAAGCUUUUGAAGAAGCAGGAGAAUUGGACAAUGAUAAUAUAGAGAGUUCAGUUGAAACUAUAGCUAACAGAUGUAGCAAUGUACAUUUAAAUGGGAUCCCAGCCUCAUGAGGCACUCCAAAUGUUUUGAUUCAAUUCAUUCAAGAACAGAUGUGGACACAGAAACAUUCAUGAUUAUGUAUCCAUGUAUUAACAUGUAAAUCUGCAGCUUUAGAGUAUAUUUAAAGCAGUUUUUAUUUAUCGCAUAUUUUGCACAUCUUUUCAACAUUCAGAUUAUAUAGUAAGCUUAGAGCCUCUAAGUCAUAAUAAUAAUAAUAAUAUAGGUAUAUGUAUUUACCCAGGAUAUCCACUUGAUUUCCGAAAACAGUUCUCCCAGCGGGCCCUGCUAUUGUUUUCAUAUGAUGCAUUCUUCAUAUAUGAUUGAGUAAAAGCUAUUUGAAGAAAGGAUGCCCCCCCCAAAAAAAAAAAGAGAAAAAAAUGAAUUUAAAAAAGAAGUAAAGAAAGCAUGUACCUUUCUAAAAAGGUACAUAUCUGCCCUUUGAUGAGAACUCAAAUAAUGAUAAUGAUCAACAAUUUUCUGUUUCUUUGAAAUAUUGCUUGAAUUAAUUUCAUUAAAUGGAGAUGUCUUAUACUAGGAUACAUUUUUUGUUCACUUAAAACUUGUUAUUGUUUUGAUGAUCAGCCAUGCAUAAAGUCUGUUAAUCCUGCACUUACUACACCAGGUAAUUUCAUUAAAUGUAUUUGUUUGAUAGAAUUAAGGAAGUGUUCAGAAUACCGCCCUGGUGGGUGUUUCAUAAAGCUGUUCGUAAAGUUACAAACAACUUUAUGCACAACUGGAACAUGUUCUUAGGUCAUAUAUCAAUUAUAUACAGGGAUAUCAUUAAGCACAAGAAGGGAUCACCAGUCGUGCGUAAAUUCAUUCAUAUCUUAGGAACAGCUUUAUGAAACACCCACCUGGUAUCCAAAUUUGCACUCACCCUUUCCUCUUGUCAGUCCCUGUAUUGUGUAAACACUUCUCAGCAGCUCAAAUUUGGCCAGGUUCCUUAACCCAUAUCAUAUUAGGUACUGAAGUGAUGACAUGACAAAAACUUUUUUUGCAUUUCAUCAUUUUUGAUACCAUAUUCUGGUAGAGCAUGAAGAAAAAUCCCCCAAUUCCAAAAUUUGAUUAGAAUCGGUCCAUUGGGGCCUGAUAUACGACCUCAUGAAUAAGCCCCAUUGGAGUCAAUUUAUUGUUGACCUGGUUCCACAGACUGAUUCCCACCAAAUUUGGGUUGUGGGGGGGGGUAUCAUGCCCUACCAAAAUAUAUAAAAAAAAACACUGAAAUGCAAAAAGUGAAAAUUGAUGACAUCACACUUUGGUGCUCUAUAGGCCCACUUGAAUGAUACCAGGCAUAAUUAAUUUACUAUUCGAGAAAUUUAUUACUGCAAUAAUGUUUCAUGUAUGUUAGCCAAAAAAAAAAACCCUGAAAAUUUCAUCAAAAUCGGAUAACAAAUAACGA